AUGGACCAGAUUCUGAAGAUUAAAGACAUCGAAGAGCCCGCCGAACUGCCCUCAAUGCAGGUGGAGACAAGUGACAAACAAAUCGUGGAGAUCGAGGAGCCCAUCGUUCGCAUGUCGGCGUACCUGGUGGCCAAUCUGGAAGAUGUGCCGGCUGAACCGAUUCCCCUGAAGGAGGUCUCUUCCCGUACACUGAAUCACGUCCUGAAGUGGUGUCGUAAGCACGUCAAAGACCCGGUGGACAUUUACGAGUGUGAAGAGGAGAGCAACGGCUACGGCUUUCAGCCGGUGGGCGAGCGCUACCGCUGGCGUCGUCGCUUUGUGGUCAUUCCCAAGUGGGACAAUGAGUUCUUCGGAGCCCUGGACAAUGGCACUCUCUUCUCUCUGGUCAACGCCGCCCACUUGCUGCAGGUGAAGAAGCUGCUGGACAUGAGCUGCCAGGUGGUGGCCAAUUUGCUGCGCAAUAAGUCUGCCGAGCAGAUUCGCAAGGACUUUCACGUGAAGGGCGACGGCCUGGACGACGUCGACGACGACGACAUACAUCUCGAGUCAAUCGACACCAGCCGCAGUGGUCGUUGCUUUCCAAAGUAG